UCGGCUAUUCAUCCUGUGAUCCAGCUGUGAUCGCUGACUUAGUUAGAGAAAUCUGGCUUCCCAGGUAACCCAAUAACAAUCUGGCACUUGAGGAGUGAGAUGUCAAAGCAUCGCCGGAUUCUUCGAUUCAAAACAUGAGUAGCUCCAUGUUAUCCCAAGGAGGGAUUGGGAAUGGGCCCUACUUGGAAUCGGGCUCGCUGCCCCCACCGCCCAUGCUCCGCCCACCCCCUUUGACGCGCACCUCAGCUCUUGGCCAGCCAGAGCCGUACCAACUGGACUACGGGCAUUCUUAUGACAUUCCCUCCGGGGGUGGGGCUGGAGGGUCCCAUGAGAUUAAUCCGCCUCAUUCUCAAUUGACCCCUCUAUCCUUGACACAGGAACAUCCUCACCGUCACAUUGGGUCACACCACCCCAAUGGGUUGCCUCAUCAUCAUCAUCAUCACCAUCACGUAUCUGAACAUCCUGGCAUCGAUCCUUACCAGGACUAUUACCAGACCACCACACGAGGUUUCAACCCUUCCGCAUAUGAUCACAUGCCGCCUUUAUCUUCGUCUCAAGAUCCCCGUACGCAAUAUAACUCUGGCUAUCACGAUUAUUCCGUGGGCGGGAAAAACGGGUCCGAGGUAGAUCCAUACUUUUAUGCCUCCACGUCCACGGCCUUAACCUCGUCGGUCAUUGCUCAUCAGCCCUCGAACCAGUAUCCGCGAUACCUGGACGAGCAAUCUAGUUCCUCGUUACCUCCUCCAACCGUGGCCCACCCACCGCCUCCUCCUUUGGUUCCGGGGGCUCCUUUUCAUCAACACUAUCAACCGAGUCCGGCCGUACUUUUGCACAUCAGAUAUGUUAUGGAGAGUAUUUGUGAGUGGAUGCAAUUCACGGACGUGUCCAUCAUGGCCGGCAGCAGUACUUUUCGGGCCCAUCGGACAAUUCUAGCGUCCCAUUCCACGUUUUUGCGACAACUCCUGAUCAAUAACAUUCUCGAUGUGGGUGAAGGUGAAGAGCCCUGCCUUAUCUUGCCCGGUGUCUCGUUGAACCAUAUGCGUUUGCUCAUGCAGUUCUUUUACACUGGGAUGGUUAGCCUUUCGGGUCAGGAGGAUAUCCAGCCUUUGAAGGAUGUGUGCUGUAACUUGGGAAUCUCGUCCCUCAUGGCCAGGUUGGAGGAGCUCAGUUUUUCCUUACAAUGCUUACCAAACUACCAAGAGCCCUUCAAAUACACACAGCCCAUGGCCUCGUCCUCGUCCACAUCGGCUCUUCCUCGAGAAACGGAUCUUCCCAACGAGGUUGAGCCGGUUGUUCCGGAUGCCUUGAUCCAACCGCCGUGUAAAGACCAUCCACAAGCUCCGGAAUCCAUUCAUGACGCUUCGUUCGAUUCGGGACCUCAAGUCCCCUAUCCACCGGCCAAUGACAUUGUGGUGACAGCGGUGGACCAAGGGGAGAAGCAAAUGCUCGAUGAGGCCACUUCUAAUUUCGAUACAUCCUUGUUAACCGUGGAUCUGCCCCGGUCCACUUCGACCUUGAAGAUUGAAGCCGACUGUGGAAGAGUGAAGAAGAAGGCCUACGGAUGUUCGGAGUGCUCUGCCAAGUUCUAUGAUCUAGAGGGACUCAAGGCCCACGAAAGAGUGCAUAAAGGUCAGAGACCGUUCCUGUGUUCCAUUUGUGAUGUGGCCUCAGCCACUAAGCAUCACUUGAUCGUCCAUAUGAGGAAGCACUCGGGUGAAAAACCGUUCAUUUGUGACAUUUGCAAGAAAGCAUUUGCUGAUCGGUCGGCUUACCGCCGCCACAAAACCAUCCAUGAGACCAGAAAAACAUUCCAAUGUGAGACAUGCAAAAAAGAGUUCUCGGAUCAAUCCACUUACAAACGACAUCAGAAGGAAAAACAUGGCAGCAAGGAUAAAAAGUUCCAGUGCAAGAUAUGCGAGAAAGAAUUCAAUCGGAAAGAGACUUUCGUCUCCCAUGUGACCCAUGUCCAUGGAGUGGACAUCAAGAAGACCACGAAUACCGACCCCAAAGCCACGCACCAUAACCAAUCCCAAACUAAAGAGAAACUGAAGCAAUACCUAUCCGAAGACUCUGUGAAGAAACUGGCUCAAAAUGUGAAGAAAUGGUCCAGCAUCAAGUGCCCCGAAUGCGGGAUGGUCUUUUACAAGCGAUCAGCCAUGGAAAUCCAUCGAAGAUCCCACACUGGGCACAAGCCUUUCGUUUGUGACGUCUGCGAUAAACGGUUCGGUCGGAGCAACAACCUGAAGCUGCAUCAGCGAAUUCAUUCUGGUGAGAAGCCAUACAAGUGUUCGGAGCACGAUUGUGGAAAAGCCUUUUCGGACAUCUCGGCCUUCAAACGGCAUGUUCGCACCCACAGUGGGGUCAAACCUUACAAAUGCGAUAAGUGUCAGAGAGCCUUCGCCCAAACGGGAACCAUGAUGAACCACAAAAAGCAUUGCAAUGGUCCCCCGUCUGGAGCGACUGGAGCCUGUUCAGCAGCCUUACCCAUAUUGGUCCACAAGUCCAAUUUGAGCUCUCCAACCACUUUGGGUGACGAAGGCUUAGUCGGCAGCAAGCCAGCCAAACGCCUUUUUGCCAUGACGAGCUCAAAUUACCCGCAGGAGACAAAUAACGGCCAAAGGCAACACGAGUUUCUAGUCAAUUCGAUCACCGAGGACAACUCUUUGUCCGUGAUGGCGGGAAGUGAACCCCCAGGGUUAAAUACCGAUACCUUGGACUCAGUCAGGGCCUCGUGUCUGUACUGGAUAAGGAUGGUGAAUGAUUUGAAGACUGAUUACUACUACCGAAGACACGGAUCCUCACGGUUGGAUGUGGUCCAAGGAACGUCGAAUCGAUCUUCAGCAAUCUCCUUGGGACGCAUCUCACAGAGCAGUGAUGUUCGGAAGGGUGCCAAUAGCUCGGUGGGGGCGGUACCCUUAUUGCCUGUGCCUCACUCACAAAAGGCCCAAAUCCAAUUGAGGGCCUCUUCCUUGUCAUCUGAACAGCUGAAAUUUAGAAAAAUGAGUGAAAUUUCUCGAGCCUUAGGAGCCCGCGUAAUGACUCGGGUCAUCUCUAGUGUACGCCAGAUGGCCAGGGAUCUCAAGAUGUGUGUCCUUUUCUUUCUCUCAGAAAUGUCCGAUCGUCGAGGUUCGAACAUUUCGAGGUUACCAUUUAGCGACCCAACGGUGAAGACCGUGGACUCGCUCUACCAACGCCUCCAAUGGCAACAAUUGCACGACGAGGAAGCCAAAAAAGAGUUCGCUCUGGGCAAACGCAUCGGGUUUUAUCGCUUCAAGAACGAGAUUGGAACCGGGAACUUUUCUAAAGUCAAACUUGCUCACCAUCUACUCACCAAAGAAAAAGUGGCUGUGAAAAUCAUUGACAAAACCAAACUGGACGCCAAAACCAGGAAAAUGUUGAACCGUGAAAUUCGUACCAUGGAUAUGUUAUCUCACCCGUCAUUGAUAAGGCUCUACGAGGUGGCUGAGAGUGUGAGUGGGAUCUUCUUGUUUAUGGAAUACGCUCCGGGUGGUGAGUUGUAUGCCAAGCUCUCCGAGGAUGGUUGCUACAAUGAAGAUCAGGCAAAGCCAAUAUUUGCCCAAAUUGCCUCAGCCGUCAGCUAUAUGGUGAGUGCGUGAACAAAGGGUAAACACACUUGGAUGAUGAUCUCAAACAUCAACAACCAUCGAAGGAGUGCCACGGAUCCACCCUGCUUGCUUGCUUGCCUUGACUUCUACUCUAACUUGUUCGACUUUCUCUCACAGCAUGAUCGAUUCUUUAUUCAUCGCGACAUCAAAGCCGAGAAUGUGUUUUUCGUGGACCCGUACAACGUCAAAUUGGGCGACUUUGGAUUCGCCACCCAAGUGGACAAGAUCGACCAGCACCUGAAUACCUUCUGUGGAUCGCCUCCAUACGCAGCCCCCGAACUUUUCGAGGACGACCACUACUAUGGCCCUUCAGUGGACAUUUGGGCGCUAGGCAUUCUCCUGUACUUUAUGGUCACGGGUCAUAUGCCAUUCAAUGGGAAGACAGUUCCAACCAUCAAGCAUGCCAUCCUGGAUGGCUCCUUUGAAUUGCCCGAAUACCUUUCUCAAGAAUGCAUGGAUCUGAUCAGCGGCAUCCUUCGUCGGAAACCAUUGUUGAGGUUGACCCUCCAGCAAAUGCAAGAGAGCUCUUGGCUUGAAGGCGUCCAAUGGCCGGAGGAGGACUCAAUUUACCGGCCCCUACCCUCCACGAGUUACCAAUUUAUAUCGGAAUUAUCCGAGACCGAGCAGGCUACCCGAGAGACCCUAGAACAUCUGGGGAUUGUCAAAGAUCUUCUACAGUCACAUGUGGACAGGGGAUCCAGGAGUCAUGUCAUCGGAACGUUUCGAAUUAUUCAGCACCGAACGAUCCUCAAUGCCAUCGGGUCUCAAAGUAGCUUUGGUGAGGCGCCACCCCGGACCUCUCAAUCGGACCAGACCCGUGGGCGCACACCUCUCAGUCAAGGCAGCAAGGGGAAUAGUUCGGAAAGUUUUCCGCCCAGGAAUCUCUCUCGACGACGACGGAAUACCUUGAAAGCCUCAAAACACUCAAAAUUUUGCAAUCUACUGUGAUACGAACGUUGGAAAUUGAAAUUGUUACCGCCGCGUGCACGGAAAUACACACACUGCUCUAGGAUGACAGAA